UGAACCGCUUUGAUUCAUGCUGUUGGGGAGCCUCCUUUUUGGAUUUGGAGAACAAUUAAUGCGGGCUGAGCGGGGCGCAUGAAGGAUGAUGUCUGCUGUGUGAAGUGUGUUAUGUCUGGACCCUGUGACUAUGACUGGACCUAGCGGAUGAAUCACAGGAUGGAGUGCGGGAUGGCUAAUACCUUAAAAGAUGAGAAGAUGAAUGUGGAGGCUCUAAGCAGAGCAGAGCUGCUGACUCUCCUCAGUGUCCUGGAAGGAGAGCUGGAGGCCCAGGAUGUGGUCAUACAUGCCCUCAGGGCUCAGCACAGAGAUGCUUUCGUCCAGGAGCGUUAUGGCGAGUACGACCUCAGCGAUCCCUUCCUGGCCCUGCAGCGGGACAGCGAGUCCUCAGAGCGCCAGAACACGCUCACCCAGUCUCGCACACACCAGCAGGGCCGGGCGGUGGGACCGAACCCUCUGGCGGUGCUUAAACUGGUCAUGUCUCACUGCAAGAAGAUGCAGGAGAGGAUGAUGGGACAGCUGGCUGCUGCUGAGAGCAGACACGGGAGGAUGAUAGCUGAUCUGGAGGAGGAGAAACGACGGCGUGCUCAGGAGUCUGCGCAGAGUGAUGAUUUCACCUUCAUGCUGCAGACAGAAAGGGACAAACUGCUGCAACAGUUGGAAGUGGAGCGUGCAACAGUGCGGAAGUUAGAGAAGGAACAAGCGCAGGCAGUGAGCCAGGUGGAGGAGUCACUGACCCAGCAGCAACAGCUCUCAUCAAACCUGACUCUGGAGCUCCAGAAAGCCAGCAGCCAGGCGCAAGAGGAGGCUCACAAGGUCUCCCAACUCCGCACUCUGCUCCAAGAGGAGACCAGUGCCCUGGAGAAGCUCCGGGGGGUUCUUGAAGACGAGAAGAGCAGGGUGGCCCAGCUAGAGGUGAGGUCUGAAAGGGAGCUGGCUGAGUUUGACACAGAAAGAGAGCAGAUGAAAGCCAGGCUCAGCAAAGAGGAGGAGAGGAGUAGGGAGCUUGAGAGGCAGCUGGAGGAGCUGAGGAAGAGGCUGGCUGAAAUUGGAGGGGGUAAAGAAGUGGUAAAGGAGGCUGUGACAGCGGGGAAAGAAUCACUUUCCGUGGUGGGGUCCACCUCUGUGCAGACUGAGCCAGAUGGAAAGAUAACUGUCGCCCCUAAAUCCUCCUCACUACCAAAGGUCAAUGGCCAUCACACUCAUAAAGAGUCAGAACCAACACAGGAGGGGAGAGGACCAGAAAAUGGAGGGGUGGUAGAGAAUGGGGGAGGAGCACUUUUGCAUUCCCCUCUUCACCCUCACCCUCAUCCGCACCCUCACUCUCCCUCCAGCACGGCCUCCUCUUCCCUCUCCUCUUCGCCCAUUUCCUCACCCGUUCUUGCCAAGCGUCUGGGCAGCCCGGGCUUCCAUCAGUUCUCCUACCAGGCCGGUGUCAACCAGCGAUUCCAUGCUGCCAGGCACAAGUUCCAGAGCCAGGCUGAGCUGGAGCAGCAGCUUGGUGGCCCUCUUUCCCCGAGGGACCUCUCCCCCACCGCCUCCUCCGUCCUUCCCCCACUAGAGCACAGCUCAGCUAAGCAGCUGGCCCGCAACACUGUCACUCAGGUGCUGUCCCGCUUCACCAGCCAGCAGGCGGGCGUCAAGCUGGCACCAAUCAGCAGCUCUCCGUUCGGUACAGACUACCGCAACAUAGCAGCAACUCCUCCCGGGGGGCGGUCGCCUUCUUCAGGGCCUCUAUCACCGGGCAUCCAGUCCCCCCUCACUCCUCGCUCAGAGAGGGCCCAUCCUCCUCCCAUCCCUGCCAAGAAGCCCGGCAUGAGUCCGACUCCGGGCUCCCCAAGUCACUCUGCUCGGAUCAGCCUCUUCCCAGAGCUGACGGGGAACUGUGGACACAGCAACAGUGGGCAGGAAGGAGCCAAGGAGCCAGACCUGGUUUUAUCUUCCAGCAGCUAACGGACAGAUUAUACAAACUAACUAAGUCAGGCCUGAAUCAACAGUUACUGUAAUCACCAUCGUUGCCGGCCCUUAAACCCACUUCACAGCACUCAUAAUCAGUAGAACAGACACUUCACAGCUGGACUAAGAGUUUGUCUCCUCGAUACCACAAACUGAGAAACAAUCAGAAAAGAACUAUUUGAAAUAAAAUAUAGUAUAUUGUGAUUUUGAAAAAAAAUAAGAUUUAAAUAUUUCUAUUAACAUUCCUGUCUUUACUCUUUUAUAUAGAUUUUUUUUUUUUUGUAAGUUUAAAGUUUUAGAAUGAAAAUAUCUCUCUGUUAUUUUACAUUUUAACAUCAUAUUAAGGGUGUUUAGAAAUCAUAUCCAUAAAGACCUGUUUGGUUUGGAAGAAAGACAUUUGAACAAGAUUUCACAGAGUACAGCACUCCUUUUCUUUUCCCUUAAUGCUCAAAUGAUGCAUCAUGUUAGAAUCAAAAGAAGACUUUAGUCAGAAGCAACACUGUAUAGCAAGUAGAAGGGCUGAAAUACGUGGAUGUAGAGUAUAGCAAAUGUGUAGCUAUCACCAUUUCACAAAAAACUAGUGAGUAGUUUUUAAAUGUUUUUCCAAUAAAUCCGUAUGCACUUCCUGUUGAGAUAGUCUAUGAAAACACUAUUAUACUGUAAAUAGUUUGAAGAAUUCACAGUUGAUUCUCUGUGAAUGGACAUCACACACGCGUGUGCUGUUUUUUCUUUUACACUUGUCAUGAAUACACUGAAUCUUGUCCCUAAAUGGGGGGGGGGGGGGGCACACUUUGUACAACAUUACUGUAAGAUACUGUAUGUCAACAAUUUAUAUUAUUUUGAUUCAGGGAAGUUUAACUUCUGCUGUACCCAAAUCAAGAAGGACUAAGUUAUGAUUAUGUGACAACUCUUUGGGGGAUAUUCCAUCAAUGGACAUCAUGGGGACGAAAGGUUUGAAUCUUGCUACUGUAACCGUUUCUAUAGUAUCUGUCAAAUAAUUUACAUCGUGUUGUGUCUUGUCCUAACAGUGCUACACCUGUUUGUUUUAGGUUUCACAUGAUUUUUUUUUUAAAAAUCUUUAAACUCAAGAAUUGAUGGAAACUAAAUGUUGUAGCUGAUCAAUUUAAAUCUGUAGAUUUAUACACUGUCUGUGAGGGGCAAUGUCCAUCAGUCUCUUGUAAUAAAUAUGCAUAUCAAGAA